UCCCUGUGAGUGGCACGGUCCGGGUGUGCGCCGUGCAAAGCCUUCCGGCAGGGAGAGACGUCGGUGCAGACGCGGGCCGAGGCCGCGGGAGCGGCGGGAUGGCUCUGCCGGGCGGAAAUAAGGAUAACAUCAGAGCAGGAUGCAAAAAGUGUGGUUACCCUGGUCAUUUGACAUUUGAAUGUCGAAACUUCCUCCGAGUAGAUCCUCAAAGAGAUAUUGUUUUAGAUGUUAGCAGCACUAGCAGUGAAGACAGUGAGGAAGAAGAACUACAGAGAUUGCAAGCCAUGCGUGAAAAAAAGAAUUUAAAUGAAGAGGAAGAAAAAAAGAAACAAAAAAGAAAAAACAAAGAGAAGACAAAAAGACUAAGGAAAAGAUCUUCCGCAUCAAGUUCAGUUGAAGAGGAGGGGCCAAAGUCAAAAAAACAAAAAUCACAUAAAAAAGAAAGGGAAAAGGGGAAAAAGCAUAAAUCUAAGAAAGAAAAGCAUCAUAAAAAGGAGAAAAAGAAGAGACGAAAGGAGAAAACUUCAUCUUCUGACAGUUCAGACAGUUCAAGCAGUGACUAAGAUGCUGGUUUAUUUUUGUGUUCACUUCUGCAGAGAAGGUGAUUUUCGUUUCAUAUCAAAUUUAUUUAUGCUUUGCAGUGCUGUUUUAAAAGGGGAUAUAUGUAUAUUUUUGAGAAAUCUAUUUGCACACAUCAGUGCUUCAAAUUAUUAGAUGGACCAUUUAGGAAAAAAUUUCAAGUUUAUUAGUACUAAACCAUGUAAGUUUAACUAAUUCUUCACUCUUAUUCUUAGUUCAGUUAUGAGUAAUUGUGUUUGUAAUCCCUUACAGUAGGAUAUGGUAAACUUCAGUUUGCAAGCUUAUGUGUAGAAAGAUACAGACUUAAAUAUGCUUAAUGUCAGAAUGGUUAAAUCUAAUCUGGAAAUUCAAGUGAGAUUUUCUGUUAUCCUUUAAAUAAAUGUAUGUUUUACAUAGCA